GAAAUGGCCUCAGAUAUGAUGGCGGCUGCGGCCCUGGGUCGACCUUUCACCCUAGGAAUGCUCUAUGACGCGCGUAAAGAUGAAGUGAUCCCAGGUUUUAGACUGUGGGACGGUAAAGCUCUACAGGAGAGGAUAACUGAAAGUCCUCAGCGCAGCAGUGCCUUUGCCAUUUCUGCAUCUGACUCCAUUGAAUCCAAGUCCUCUCUGCUGAAGGUCGAUGCUUCUCUGAAGGCCAGUUUCAUGUGUGGACUGUUUGAAGUGGAGGGAUCUGCUGAGUAUCUGAAUGACAAGAAGAAAUUUAAGAAUCAGAGCAGAGUGACGUUUCAGUACAAAGCUACCACCCACUUCAAGGAGCUGUCACUGACACACCUUUCAGUUAUGAACCCACAACAGAUAAAUGUCAUUAAGAAGGGCUUGGCAACACAUGUAGUCACGGGCAUCCUUUAUGGAGCAAAUGCUUUCUUUGUAUUUGACAGUGAGAAGCUAGAAGCCAGCAGCGUCAGGGACAAAGAGGUCAAAAUGAAAGCUGUGAUACAGAAGAUUCCUGAUUUUAAUAUUCAGGGAAAAGUUGACAUCAAGCUGACUGAAGCAGAAAAAGCCCUGACCCAGACUUUCUCCUGUAAAUUCUACGGAGACUUCAUUCUUGAAAGCAAUCCUGCAACAUUUGAAGAGGCAGUGAAGACCUACGCACAACUGCCAAAGCUACUGGGGCAAAAUGGAGAGAAUGCGGUUCCAGUGAAGGUCUGGCUGAUGCCGUUGAAGAAUUUGGACUCUGAGGCUGCUGAGCUGACGAGUGGGAUCAGCGUUGGACUGGUGAGGAAGGCUCAGGACACCCUGGAAGAUUUGAGGGAAAUAGGAAUCAGAUGCAACAAUUCUCAGGAAGACAGAGUGGUGGAGAAGUUUCAACACAUUCAAGAAGAGUUAAGCACUUUCCAAAAACUGUGUGGCGAUUACGUAUGUAAACUCCAGAACACAAUGGCAGAGAAACUUCCCUCUAUCCGUGAGGGUAAAGAAGAUGAGAGAUCAGUUGAACAGCUCUUUGAAGACAGAGACAAGUCACUGUUCAGUCAUGACAAACUAAGCAAGUGGCUGGAUCGCAAAGAGAGAGAGAUUAACGUCAUCAGAUCCUGUGUGGACUCCAUGGAGGGAGCAAAGGUCGUCCUGAAUCAGUCCGAGCUGGACAGAGAGAUUCUGGCUCCAGGUGUAGAGCACGUUCUGUGCUUUGUUUUCACCUCCAUGAAAAGGGGUGACACCUUAAACUCACCGAAAAUGGGAAGUACUGAUGAAGAGCAGUGGUACUCCUCAGAUGGUGUUGUGAUGAAAAUGAGAAAAAAAGCCAAAGCUUUCAGGGACCUCGCCAAAGCACUGAAGAAAAACAGUAGAUUCUGUUUCCUUGUUGCAGCCAUAGAAAAUAAGAAAUACACAGGAGCAACAAUCUACCACUACAAGGACGGCAUUCUGGACACUGAGGAUUUUUCAAAGCCUGACCUCCCUGAUGUGGAGACCAUCACUGACAGAAGAGAUCUGAUCUGGUAUGCCUGCGAUCUCACCCUGGACCCGAACACUGCAAACAACUACAUCACUCUGUCCGAGGGCAACAAGAAGGCAACGUGUGGAGCAUGGCAGACAUAUCCUGAUCACCCAGAGAGGUUCAGUAAAUACCCUCAGGCGCUGUGCAAAGAGAAGUUAAAUAAGCGCCAUUACUGGGAGGUAGAGUUGAGCACUGGUUCCAUUGAAUCUUCUUAUGUCGCUGCUUCGUACAAGAGAAUUGAAAGAAAAGGAAGCGGCCCAGAGAGCGUCUUUGGAUCUAAUACCAUAUCGUGGACUUUUGGCCAAUAUUUAUCAUCUAAAAUACGCUCACUUAGGGCGUGGCAUGAUGGUAUGGUGUGGGAAAUUCCUUUUCCCUCAAGCUGCUGCAAUGUAAUUGGGGUGUUUCUGGACUGGCCUGCUGGCACUAUGUCCUUCUACAGAGUCUCUUCUAACACACUGAGUCACCUCUACACCUUCCACAACACAUUCACUGAGCCUGUUUACCCCGGCAUCUGGGCUAAUAAAUAUAACAAUUUUGUGUACCUGCGUCCAGUUGAAUAA